AUGCUUUUAGUAUUUAGUAUAAUUCUAUUAGUAUUUAUAGCUUCUAAUAAGGCUGUCAACUUUCAUUUAAAUAGAUUAGCUUCUAUAGGACUACUAUAUGUCCUUUAUCUUACAUAUAAUUGUAUAGAUUUAAGAUAUAGUCAAUUUACUUUAUAUAAUGAUUGAUUUAAAUUAAAUGAUACUAAUAUUCCUCUUGUUUAUUUACAAAUAAUAUUAGUAUUAAUAUUAUUAAUUUAUACUACUGUUAAACAAAGAUAUACAUUAGAUUCUAAAUGAAUAUAUACAUUAGUUUAUAUAAAUUUAAUAGGUUUAUUAUUAUUCCCUAUGGUUAAUGAUUUAUUAUUACUUUAUAUAAUUAUUGAAUUACAAAGUUAUUCUUUAUAUAUUAUAACUGGAAUACAUAGUAAAUCAUAUAAUAGUACUAGAGGUAGUAUGCUAUACUUCGUUACAGGUGGUAUCGCUAGUAUCGGUAUUCUUCUUGCUACUUAUUUUGUAUAUAAUAAUGUAGGUAGUUGUAAUAUUACUGAUAUUUCUAACUAUUAUUUAAUACAUAAUUAUAAUAAUAAUUUCUAUAAUGCUAUAGAUAUCUUAAUAUUAGCUUUAGUAUUUAAAAUGGGUUUAGCUCCAUUACAUUCUUGAAGUAUAGCUGUAUAUAAUUAUGCUCCUACAUAUAUAACUGCUUAUAUCUCAAUAGUAGCUAAAUUAUCUAUAUUAUCAUGAAUAUAUACUAAUUCUAAUUUAAUUCAUACAGAUAUAAUAAUAUUAGUAUUUUAUGCAUCAAUAGCUGUAGCUGCUUAUAAACCAUUAUUUCAAAUUAAUAUAAAAACUAUAUUAGCUUAUAGUGGUAUAUUAAAUUUUGGUUAUUUAUUAAUACCUGCAUGUUUACAAGAUAUAUCUUUUUAUGUAUAUUUAAUACAAUAUUUAAUGACACAUAUAUUAAUAUUUAUAAGUUUAUUAGCUAUAAAUAAGUUUGUAAUUACACCAUCAAAUAUAUGAUCACCAAUAUUACGAGUUAAUCAAUUAAUAAUACCUAAUAAGUUAUUAGUAACAGUAUUAAUAUUAUGUUUUUUAUCAUUAAUAGGAAUACCACCAUUACCAGGAUUUUAUGGUAAAUAUUAUGUAAUACAAAGUUUAAUUAAAUAUAAUUAUACUAUUGAAGCUUUAUCUAUAGUAAUAUUUAGUGUUAUAGCUACAUAUUAUUAUGCAUUUAUUAUUAAACAAUUAGCAUCUAAUUAUAAUCUUUCAAUAAAUAAGCCUAUUAAUAGAACUUUAAGUUUAACAAUAAGUACAUUAGUAGUUAUAUUUAUAUUAUAUUAUACAUAUUUAUCUAAUAUAUUAGAAGUGUUAAGUAUAUCGAUAGUAUAA